ACACACACACACACACACACACACACACACGCACGCACACACAUACACACAGGCUUCAUGGGAGAGGGAGGCACUGACCAUUUUGCAAGUGCUGGGACAAGACUGCCGUGCGGUGGGUGCAAAGACUCUUCCUCCCCACUUCUUGCUUUCGCUCUGGAUACAGAAGACAGGGGAAAUACGGCAUUUGAAUUGGACUAGGUAUUUGUGCACUUGUCUGGCAGUCUACUUAGGAAAGCAGCUGAACUGGACGAGUUCAUGCCUUAACAGAGUAUAAUAAAAGGGGAAGGAUUGCAGCUACUGCACGAGGAAGAUGGGAACUCCCCUAUUUCUACCUCUUUAAUAAAUGGAAUGAAAUAUUGAAUGGAGGAACCGCACACUACAUUUGCCUGGGAAAAUCGUCCGGCGGAACUAACAAUUUGGCUACUUUCAUCAGAGGAGGGGGUGUUCAUUACGUGGCAGGGGGAAAAAAGAAACCAGAAACCGAAUGUAUGAAUUUGAAACUAUUGGCCAAGCAAAGGGAGAAAAUCAAUCAAGAUUUUAUUUUAAACAAAGGUUUUCUAAGCUUUUGUACCAUAAACUUACUUCAGUGUCUCGUGACCAGUUUAGUGGAGACGGGAGGAUAAACCAGAGGAGUCCUACAUGUGUGCACCAUUAUUAAACUGGCAGACACACCGACAGCCGCCUUCUUUCAUUUACCAACAUCCAACUGGAAAUUGAAAUCUCUAUUCCGUCCAAUAGUUGAUCAUGUACAAACUCUAUAUGUAUAUCAAUAUAUGAAUAGCUUAUAUCUUGGGUUUAACUAGUAGGACAUAGAUGUGGAGCUGCAAUUCAGCCCAGAUGAAUAUGAGGAGCUUAAAUUUCAUGAUAUUUUUUAAAAAAGAAAGAAUUCUGUUACUGUGAAACAAAUUCUGAUAGGUUUAUGAGAUGACAGGUAAGAACUUUCACUGCUCUUAGCAGCUUAACGCCCAAAGAAAGCAGUGAGCGCAGGACCCUGGAAGGGGGUGAGCUCAAGCUACCAAUUUGCCCUCCAGUGUUUGCAACCGGGGUAGAGACUGCUUUAGGGAAAGGAUCAAUCCUCCAGGACAAUCAGGAGAGAAAAAACCCUGGGAGAUUUGAGGAGGGCAGGCUUUUUUUUUUUUUUAAACCUGCGCUAUCCGGGAUGGGACCUGGAGGAGGGAUGUUAUCCUAGGCCUGAACACAAGUAAACAUUUUGCAUUUUUAGCAAACCAAGAUAUCGUGUUUUAGUUAUUUUAAAUCAAACCCCUCUGGGCUAGAUGCUGUUGGAGACGUUGGGAUGGUCCUGGUUGAACAACAUUAAAGAGACUGAUCACGUAGAAGGAUAAGAAAAGCUUCAGAGACCCCCGUCUUCCCCUCUUCUGUGAGCCGGUGCAAUUAAAAAUGAACAAGCGACUUGGUAGAUCUCGGCACUGAUUGCUCCCCACCCCCCUCCCUGACCCGGACCCUCUCCUCCCUCCCCCACCCCAGCCCCCUAAAGCCAGGAUUUGAUUGCAAGCGGGACCUCCUCUUGUUCCACAUUGUGGUAGUGGAUGCAUUUUUCAUGAGCACUAGGUGAACAGGUGCAAAGUACAUUUGGAAAAUCCAGGCGGCCCAUUUCGGUGGCGUGGCGUGGCGUGGCGUGGAGGGUGGUAUCCGGCUAUCUCCGAGGGGAUCAUGGAGAGCGACCGGGACAUGUACCGUCAGUUUCAGGACUGGUGCCUCCGGACUUAUGGAGACUCCGGAAAGACCAAGACUGUGACCCGUAAAAAAUACGACCGGAUCGUCCAGCUCUUGAACGGCUCCGAGUCGAGCUCCACGGAUAAUGCCAAAUUUAAAUUCUGGGUCAAAUCGAAAGGUUUCCAGCUCGGCCACUCGGACGAGGUCAAUGGUGGAGGUGGCAAGCAAGUGCUCUUCGUGCCGGUCAAAACCACGGAUGGAGUAGGGGUAGAUGAGAAGCUGUCUUUAAGGCGAGUAGCUGUGGUCGAAGAUUUCUUUGACAUUAUCUAUUCCAUGCAUGUGGAAACAGGGCCCAAUGGAGAACAAAUCAGAAAACAUGCUGGACAGAAGAGAACGUACAAAGCAAUUUCAGAGAGCUAUGCCUUCCUACCGAGAGAAGCGGUGACACGAUUUCUAAUGAGCUGCUCAGAGUGCCAGAAGAGAAUGCAUUUAAACCCAGAUGGAGCAGAUCAUAAAGAUAACGGGAAACCUCCUACUUUGGUGACCAGCAUGAUUGAUUACAAUAUGCCAAUUACUAUGGCUUACAUGAAGCACAUGAAACUUCAACUCCUCAGCUCCCAGCAAGAUGAGGAUGAAAGUUCUAUAGAAAGUGAUGAGUUUGAUAUGAGUGAUUCCACACGCAUGUCAGCUGUGAACUCUGACCUUAGUUCUAACCUUGAAGAAAGAAUGCAGAGUCCCCAGACUGUUCCUGGUCAGCAAGAUGAUGAUUCAGCUGCAGAGAGUCUUAAUGGCAAUGAGACUGUGGGGCCUAGUUCCAUUGCUUCGGGGGGAGUACACUGCAGGGAGAUGGCAGACACAAACAGCAAUGGCAAAACAAAUCUGGAGCAAGAUGAGCAACCUCUGAACCUGAGUGACAGUCCCCUCUCUGCCCAGCUGACUUCAGAAUACAGAAUAGAAGAUCACAGCAGCCAUGCGAAAAACAAAUAUAAGAAUCUGCUAAUUUCUGACAUCAAGAUGGAACGGGAGGCAAGAGAAAAUGGAAGCAAGUCCCCUGCACAUAGCUACUCAAGUUAUGAAUCUGGGAAGAAUGACAGUGUAGACAGAGGUGCUGAGGACUUAUCCAUGAACAGAGGAGAUGAGGAUGAAGAUGACCAUGAUGAGCAAGAAGAUUCGGAGAAAGUUAAUGAGACAGAUGGAGUAGAAGCUGAGCGACUGAAAGCUUUUAAUAUGUUUGUCAGGCUGUUUGUAGAUGAAAACUUGGACCGAAUGGUCCCAAUCUCUAAGCAGCCCAAAGAAAAGAUCCAGGCUAUCAUUGACUCAUGCAGGCGACAAUUCCCUGAGUAUCAAGAACGUGCCAGGAAACGUAUACGUACUUACCUCAAGUCCUGCAGGCGGAUGAAAAGUGGUUUUGAGAUGUCUCGACCUAUUCCUUCUCACCUUACUUCAGCAGUUGCAGAGAGUAUCUUGGCUUCAGCCUGUGAGAGUGAGAGUAGAAAUGCUGCAAAGAGGAUGCGUCUGGACAGACAGCAGGACGAGUCUGCUUCAGCUGACAAACAGCAUAAACAAGAAGCGGCCCAGGUCACUUAUUCCACAUCAGCUGUUUCUAGCACACAGGAGGUGUUGUAUAUCAAUGGAAACGGGACCUACAGUUACCAUAGUUACAGAGGGUUAGGAGGAGGACUGCUAAAUCUGAAUGAUGCUUCUAGUAGUGGUCCCACCGAUCUCAGCAUGAAGAGACAAUUAGCCACCAGUUCUGGGUCCUCCAGCACUUCAAGCUCCAGACCCCAGCUGAGCCCAACUGAAAUCAAUGCUGUGCGACAGCUCGUGGCGGGUUACCGAGAAUCUGCAGCAUUUUUACUCCGCUCGGCAGAUGAACUGGAAAACCUUAUUUUGCAGCAGAACUAAAUUCUGUGACCUUGGCACUCACUGGGUCUCAUUUUGGAGUUUCCACUAAUGACAUGUUGGUUUCCCAGAACAGAUGCUUCAGGUAUUACUACUGCACGGUCUUUUAGGAAAGUUAAUUACCAUAAAGCCACACUGUUCUUGAUCCUUAAAGUGAUGUGUUAAGGUGCUUCAGGGGAACUCUGGCCUCUGAUCUUUUCGAGGUACUGUCAUGUGUCCAGCCCAUUGCUUUCUGUUUUAGUCUAUCAGCAUAAAUAUCGAAAAAGUGACUAUAGAAUGCUAACUCACAGAUGAAACAGAAGAUGCUGUGGUCCUUUCCACUGGUUCAAGCUGCAAGUGCAAUAUUGUGGAACAUGCUACUGACUCAUUGGACCGAAAGCUGCAGUGUAUGGCAAAAAACAAUGCCAAAUUUCCUGUUGGUACAGGAUAAAACAGCAAUUAAAAGGAUCUUGUAUUUUAAAAAGAAAAUGUAAUUUUUAUAAAAAAAAUGUUUUUUUCAUUCAAAAUUGUCAUUUUUACUUUGGUAACUUUUUCACUGUUCCUAAAAAAAACUGUUUUGAGAAACUAUUGUAAGUCACCUUUCCAUCCUCUUUUUUUUCUUCUUCUUCUAUCCCUAAAUUCUUUCUACAAAAAAAAAUACACUUGAUGCUGGAAAAUCCAUAUAUCUACAUUCUGUAAAUCAUCACAUCAGAAACUACUACCCAAAGGAGCCUGCAUUACUUGCAUUCACGCUGUUUUCAAAGUCACCCCAUUCAACAUGGCAGCUUUCCUAUUGGCAAUUGUCAUCACAGAGCGGGGUUUUUUUGUUUGUUUGUUUGUUUUGUUUUGUUUUGUUCUAAUUUUUGUUGGGUUUUUUGUUUGGGAUUGUGUUUUUUUUUUAAUGAUAUCUAUUUAUGUAAAGACAUAUUUUUUUUAAAGCACACCCUUGGUUUGUUACAGCUGCUCACUCACAAUUACUGCUGCUGCUGCUGUCUUGUAGAAGUUCCUGUAGUAGUGAUUGGAUGUAGAUGACUGAAUGUUAAAUGGUUGCAAGUGACAAUCUGAAAAUUUGCACUCUUUCCUGUAGUUUCCUUUCCAUUUUUCUUUCUGAGAUACUUUCCAAAAACAAAAAACAAACAAAAAAAUGCUAUUUCCUCUCUGAAUAUGCUUUAUAGAAUUCUCAGAACCAGUUUCCAACAUUCUCCAAACUCUCAGUGGAUGCAGCCGUGACUCCUAGUGAACUCUCACCCUGCUUCUUAUUUUCUAGUGUUGAAUCCACAUAAAUGGUGUUUUCUUUGUACACUAAGGCAAGCCUAUUUUUAAAUAUAUAGAGACAAGUCCUUUAGUUGAUGCUUACUUGUACUAUUUGUUCUGUUGUUUAGAUUUGGUUGGAUAAACAAGUUCCUUGUACAUUCCUGAAUUUGCCUUAUUUAUGUAAAAAAAAUUCUGUAAUUCCGUUUUUGAGGAUGAGUUUAAGGCAUCAGUGAGAUUUCCUAUCUACUUGUUCCAUAGAGUUUUUCAAGUAAUGACUGUGAUUGUGACCCAGUAAUGUGCACUUUUCUUGUGCCCGUGGACAUUGCUAUGCUUUUCUUCUUCUAGUGUCUCUAGAAUUACUGUUGCUUACAGUUAUGUUGAAAAAAAAAGGUAAAAAACGAAGAACUUUUGUGAUACUGUUGGUGAAUAUAAAUGUGAAAAAAAACUAUUGAAAUAUGAGUAUUUUGGAGAUACAUAGAUUCGCAAACAUUUCAAAGUGUGGAUUUAAGAUUCACAGAUUUAAAUGAAAAUUCAAAAACUGAGGGCUGGUAUAAUUUCUUCUGUUUUGUUUGGUUAAAUAAACAGAUUUCUGUGUUUAAA